UAACAACUCUAAUCUCCCAUUAAUCCUACCUAAGUACGUUGGAGACUGCAACGUUCUACGGUAGACAUCAUGGCUACAGCAGAGGACCCAAACCGUAGCUUCACAGCAAGCAACACAGGAAGCGAACCAGAAAUAAUAGAACAACACCAAGAAGAAGCCCCAACCGUCAGCCACUCCCUCGCCGAAGAAUCCCAAAACUUUGAAGAAAAAGGCGCAGCGCAGCUUGAGCACGGCGAUGUCGAAGUCAAGAAUCUAGGAUGGAACGAACCUCCCCGCGUCGUGCCCCCGCUGGUGGGAGGCUUGAAGAAUGAAGAUGUCUGGGCUUUGAUACGACGCUUCGAUAAGCAGGUCUUCUACGUCAGGAGCAUCGAGGAGCCACCGCUGGGAAUGCUGGAUAUGAACAUUGCGGACGAAGAAGAGUUUUCGCCUGAGAAGCUCAGGGCGCAGAUCGAGCGACUUUAUGUUUCGGUUUUUGCGCAGUUGUUUUCGUUUUGGAAGCAUAUUGCGCGUCUUCGCUCUUGGAGGGAGUAUCAGCGAACAUCUGCGUUCCUCGCAGUAUACACCCUCGCAUGGCUUCUCGAUAUUCUUGGUCCCACGAUCAUUGUCUUCCUCAUGGUACUCAUCUGGUCCCACGAGGCCCGCGAUAUCUGUUUCCCUGGAGCACCACCCUCGAUAAUCGACUCCAAGACAGGAGGUGUCAAGAAACCAGCAGCUGGUGUUCUGGCCUCCGAUGAUUCAGUCACUGGUGCGCCGGAGAAGCACAAGGGCGAAGCAGUUGAACAGGAAGCUCAUAGCUUUGUGACGAGCUUGUCUACGAUUGUGGUUAGCACGGCUGCGGGUAAACACCCCCAGACGGAUCCCGACGAUGAUAGCGCUGCGCCUGAUCCGACGAAACUUACUGAAGAGGCCACCGAGGCUAGACAGAAGUCUGUGGGAGAGAAUCCUCAUGCUGAACAUAACAGGGCCAAGAAGCCGGUUUCGAACGCUGUUUGGGACAAGGCGCGUCCGACGAUGCAUAUGAUUGCUGACUUUGUUGAUACCUGGGAGCGAUUCGGCAAUGCCUUGAGUCCGGCAGCGCCUUUCCAUCGCCAUCGACCUAAGUUUAUCCUCAUUGGUGUUCUUGUACCUAUGCUUCUCGGAGCUUGGUUCACGACUCCGUACAUGGCAAUGAAAGGAAUGGGAUUUGCUGCUGGCUUUGGAUUCUUCGGUGAUCCCAUCAUCACACCCGCUAUGAACUUCAUCAACAGGACGUAUCCCCGCUGGGAGAAGUAUGUCGAGUUGCGAAACACUAUUCUUCGAGGCGUUCCUACAAAUGCGCAGUUGGCUAUCACUCUUCUCCGCAUCGGUGAAAAGAACAAGGCUCCUCUGCCACCCCCUCCUUCUUCCGACGUGCCUCCCCCGACUGUUCCCCAUGAGACUGCUGGAGAGGGUUUGGAACAUCUAGGAGUAUCACAGAGCGAAAUCGCCGAGGCUGUCCAGCCUGAUCAAAACAUUAUCCACGAAGAUGAACACGAGGAGGAAGAGGAAAAGACAAAGCACAAGAAAUCUCAUCGCAUCAUGAACUUUAUCCGUGGUACAGCAAAGGGUGGUGUUACGACUGCUCUGGCCGCCGACAAAGCGAAAGCCAAAGCAGGUGCUCACCACGCAAAGAAUCGUCUCGGUGUAGUCAAAGGCCAAGAACCGUAUCCUCUCACCGGCCCAAUUCGCUUCCCAGCGCGGUACAAGGGAAAGAAGGGCCAUGCUUACAUUACGGCCACGGCUACAACGCCUGCUGUUAGUUGGACGACUGAGCUAGGAGAUGUGAAGCCCGCUUGGACUGUUACGAUUGGCGAUAUCGAGGAAUUGAAGAAGAUGGGUGGUCUUGGGUGGAAGAGUAAGAUCAUUGUCGGCUGGGCAAUGGGGAGUGAGAUUGUGGAUGGUUUGAUGAUCAGGACGAAGGAUGGGCAAGAACAUCAUCUCACGGCGGUCUCUAUGCGGGAUCAGUUGUUCAACAGGUUGAUCUCCAUGGGAAACCAGAUGUGGGAGGCGUGGUAGACCCGUCUUUUGGGAAUAGUCUUGAUUUGGUAGGUGUCUGGAGUUUGGUGAUGGAAUCAUGAUACUCUUCGAUACCAGGAAUACGAAGUACGAUGUGGAAUCAAUGUUUGGAAUCAAUUGAAUUAUAAGUCUAGA